AUGUUAGGUGCAUGCCCCAAAUUAUUUCUUAAAGGAAAAUUCUACCUCACAAUAGUGCACAUAAUCACAAUAACAACUUUCAGUCGAGAGAUGAAAAUGAUAUGAGAUUUUCAUCUCUAUUUUGUCUUUCAGUCUUCUUGAGACCAUGUUUAGAAUAUUGCUAAGUCCUAAGUCAUUGCUGGUAAAAAAAAAUCUCAUUUUUCACUUCGUAUUUUGUGCAGAAAAGUAGGUUGGGAAUCAAAACCUGGAGUCAUUUAAAUGCAUUGUUAAGGGGAGAAGUCUUUAUAGCUUUGGCUAAUUUUGGCCAUGACAAAACUCAACUAGAAGCGAUGGAGCGCUUUCAGGUUUUGUUGAAGGAUAAAGACACUCCAAUACUUUCCCCUGAUGUGAGAAAGGCUGCUUACAUUGCUGUAAUGAGAAAUGCUACCACCACAGAUAGGCGAGGCUUUGACUCCCUACUGAAGUUUUAUAGAAAAGCUGAUGCAACACAAGAGAAGGAACUGAUUUUACGGGCUAUAGCAUGUUCUCCUGACCCUGAUAUAGUUGCAGAGGUUUUGAACUUUUUGAUGUCAGAUGAGGUUCGAGAUCAAGAUGUUAUUUUUAUACUUGGUGGAAUAAGCCUAGAAGGCUGUGAAACAGCAUGGAGAUGGUUGCAGGAGAACUGGGACCAAAUCUUAAAGAAAUACGGUUCAGGAAUUAUACUCCAUCGUUUCGUUAGGGGUAUUGUCACACUGUUUUGCAGCAAUGAAAAGGCUGAUGAGUUUGAAUCAUUUUUCAGAAAUCAUGUGAACCUUGGAAUUGAAAAGAUUUUGAUGCAAAGCAUUGAACGAGUCCGAAUCAAGGCAAGAUGGAUUGAAGGCAUCAAGCAAGAACAUUCUCUUCCAAUCCUACUCAAGCAAUUAGCUCAUAAAGGGUGAAAGUAUAUUCCAUGAUUUUAAUACUAAAGAACAUUAUUUGCCUGUCUUGUAGCAUUAAUAAAACGACUGUAAUGGGGCCCUCGAAUUACCAGAAGACAUACAGGAAACUUGUUCACAGAACAAGUGCAUGUUUUUAUAUCAAGACAUUAUGUAGCUUCAUGUUCAUCAUACGUUCUGAAGAUCUUAUGGUGAUCUUAUAAACUGCAUUCUCUCUUUCAUAAUGUAGAGUUCUUGGAUCCCAAAGCAAAAUACCGAAAGUUUCUUAUAAUCUUGGUCCAAUAAAAGCAAA